GGGAAGAGUGGGGCCCACCUCCUCUCCGGUCUUCCUUGUCGUUUCCCCAACCGCAUCGCAACGCCAUCACCCGCACUCCGGAUCGGCGCCCCGAAGAAUAGACGAGCAGAGCAAGAGCAAGCAUCAAGCAUCCUGCUGCCGACCGAUCUGGCGACAUGGUUUGCGUCGCGUGCCUGCUGCCCCUCUUCUUGAUCCCGGUGGUCAACGCCCUCCCCUACCUCUUCGACCUCAUCCUCAGCAAGGUAUAUCGGCUGUUUGGAUGGGAAUACAGGAGACCUGAAAGAGCCCCACCUGCCUGUCCUUACAAACCUGCAGCUAAGAAGAACGAUGAAGACGCGAGUGAAUCAAAACCUCUAGUUCAACCCCACGAUGCUGCUGCAGCUGCAGAUGAUAAAAAGGAGGAAUAACGCGUGUAAUUCACUCUGGUUACCAUGUUAACUGCUGCUGCCUUGAGCAGAGAGCAUCCCUCAACAUCUCAUAACUAAGAAAUAAUUGUUGUGAUGAAUAUAUAUAUAUUAUAUAUUUUGGUUGGUGAAUGUACUUGUAAUUCUGCUCCGGAGCCUUA